UUCUUGAGCCUUCGAUGUUGUAACCCUCGGUCAGUUGAAACGUCAGCUGAAACAUUUCCAUUAGCUGUUUAUAAGUAAUAAUAAUAUAAGAAAAUGUUUUGACCUUCAAAAGAUAAGUAUGGCAGAGGGGUGCAUGGAUGGAACUUUUGAGAGGGCAAGCGAAGAAGACUCGUCAGCCGAUGUCCGUACCGAUCGUAUUCAAUCCUGUCAAACUGAAGAAACAGUCUCUUGGAACCAAGACUGCAUUAACGAAUCCCAAAUUUCAGGAAAUGAAGCCUCCAGGAAUCAUUCAAAUGAUCAGAAGAAUGAACCAGAAAGUGUAAGUUCUGAGAAGCAUUUGCUGUCUCAGAUGGAAAACCUUGAGAAAGAGCAAGAAAACUCAUCACAUGUGACAGAAGAAAGGUCAUCCUUGCAACCCAAUGUAGAUAGCCCUCCUGACCAGACUGAUGAUGUGCCUGUAGAAGUUGCUGAGGAUCCCCUAGCCUUACCAAAAAAUGAGGUCCUUAAAGAGGUACCAUCUAAUAAGAUGAUUGACGCCUACGAUGUCAUUUCAAAGCAUGAAAUGCAGCACCUUGAAGAAUGGGAGAGUGUUCAGAAAUCAUGCCUGUCUGAAAUUCCUCCAAUUGAUCCUGGAGCAGUCCAUGACUUGGAAAGAAGAGCCAAUGAUGUUGCCGGGAACUUGGAUCACAUGCUAGGAGUACUUGCAAACACCCUCAAGACUAUGUCAGAGACAGGCGUUAGGUCAGUUGAUGCUUAUAGUGCCACUGUGGACCACAUGGGAGAGGCGGUGGACUCAUCAGUCAAGAGUAUGUAUACUCUUAUCGCUAAAUGUGAACAGCUCGACGCAAGUAUGACGCAGUUGUACAGAAUGGCAGCACAGAUUAAGGAUAUCAAAAAAACUUUGGAUGAAUUUGAAUAUUUGUGUAAAUAAAAAGUUAGCUUGCUUCAUUCAAA